AGCUGUCGCCGGUCAUAUUCUCUCUCCAGCUUGUCCAUCUCCCUUUCGAUUUCACCAAGCAGUCGUACACGUUCCUUGUGUCGGAUUUGCUCACAUGCCAGAAAGUCUUCUUCGAGUGUUGCAUAUACUCGUGGCUCGGUGUGGUCAGCCGCUGGAGCUAGGUCUCUGUACUCGUUGGCGUCUUGAUAUGGCGGUGAUGACUUUUCGAGAUCGUCGUAUAUUUGAUGCUGUCUUCUUUCGGGCUUGCGCUUGUGCUUUGGUGAUCUCUUUCUAGGGCCGAGUACAGGAAUCAAGAGGCCGAUCAAACACAUUGUGAAAUUCGAGAAGAAAUCGACUGGAGAUGGCACGCAGACUCUCUCCAUCAUCACCGGAGAAACGCCGGUUCUGGCAAGGGCCGGCAUGCAGCUGAAUCUGUCGAGGCAUUCAGCUUCUUUGAGGCCCUGCGGCAAUUCGUUGUCUUGGGAUGGACUAACUACCCGCUAUGCAGCCAUCGUCACCAACAAGCAUCACAAGAGCUUAUUAGACCAGUUGAUGAUGAGAAGGCCACAGUCUUGGUCUCGGAUAUAAGCUGAGCCGUGGGCUUGUUUGCCAGUGGGAGUUCCUCUGUCCCGGUUGCAUCAAAGAACAGCAUUCUGAGAGAUCAUCCAGAGGUUUUCGCGAUGGCCCAUGAGAUGCAAACGGCAGCCAAAGGAUACAAUCAAUCUCGAUGUGGCCCGAGACCCCGAGUGAGGCAUGCCGUCCUAUCGCGGGGUUUCCGUUGGACCCCUUGUUUCAUCCCAUCUAUUGUGACAACUCUGGGGUGUUUGAGCUCUUCAUUCUUUGACAUUUCUCUUCUUUAAACCGUCAUCUUACCCCUCCUCCACUUUCGCGUGUACCCCGCAACAGCUCAGGACCCCUUCGAUCAACACGACACCCCCCGACCCGAUCGAACCCCCCUCCCCUUGUGCCUGGGGCCGCGACAACCGAGAGUUGGUCUAAUUGCAUCAUCUCCCCAUACCUGUUAUAAACAACAACAUCACCCAACCAACAAAGAAGCUUCCCCCCCUUGUUGCUCGGUGUCGUAGCGAAACAAAACAACACCACAAACAACCUCCAUCAUGGCCUCCGAAAGCAGCGCCCCGGCCACGGCGGCGCCGGCAGCACCGCAGACCUACUCAACCGAUCCCGCCCUCUACAUCUACACCUCCCUUACAGCCGGCUCCUCCCACAUCGUCACCGCCACCUCCCGCCUCGAGACCAUCCUCCGCGCCAACCGCGUCCCCUUCAAAGCAAUCGACAUCGCCGUCGACGAGAAAGCGCGCAUGCUCUGGGGCCGCCGCGCAGGCAAAGACGCCUCGGGCCGCCAGAGAAAGAUCCCCGGCCUAGUCCAAGAAGGCCUCGUCCUCGGCGACCUAGUAGAAAUCGAAGAAUGGAACGAAUACGGCGAACUCAAACAACACGUCCAAAUUUACUACGACGACUUCACCAUCCCCUCCAAAUCCGCCGCCCCUCCCCCCAUCGUCCAAAAACCAGUCACCACCUCCAAACCUGCCCUUCCACCGGUGGCUCCUCAGAACCCGGUCAAGGCCACCACUCCCGCGCCGCAACAUCCUGCCUCGUUGCCAAUCCGCUCCAUCGUCGAAGAAGCUGCGCAAAAAGCGAAAAAGAAUCAGCUGAAUGCGUUGAGGAGCAAGGCUGCUGCUGCUAGUGCAAAGGUGCAGGAGAACGAGGGGAAGGAAAGCAAGAAAGAGGAGACUCCAGCGGGAUUGCAGAGCCCGACGAGCACGGGGUGGAAGAGCUCUGAUGAUAAAACGAUUGAGACCACGAUUCAGAGCCCUACGACCACGAGCUGGAAGGGGAGUCUGCCCAAGGACGUGGACCCGCCCGUGACGAACUUGCAUGGGAGCCCGAUUGAGAGGGUGAGCAAGGAGGAGAUUGAGGCAGUGGAGAAGGCCGAGGCGAUUAAAGAGGAGAGCAGUGAGGAGGAGGAGGAGGAGGAGGAGGACGAGGAGGAGGAGGAGAGUAGUGAAAAUGACAAGAAGCCAGAGGAGAAGAAGUAAAUACAGACAUGUUUGAUUCGUGGGUUGAUAAUGUGUUGAGAGUUUGGGUUCUUCGGAGGUGAGGUUGGUGUUUGAUAGUUUCGGUUUAACUAGGUGAUUUGAUAUGUGCUGUAGCAAGGAAGGCCUGCCUGCAUGGUGUAUAUGGUUUACUUUUCCAUGUCAGAUGCUUUUCAGUUCAUGUUGGUGAGGAGACAGUCGCUAUAAAUAUCACAUGUGAUUUUCAUUUCACAGUCGAAAAAAAAUCAAAAAACAUGUAUUAUUUCCCAUUUGUAAC